AUGUCUCCUCCCCCUCUCACAUGUCUCCUCCCCCUCUCACAUGUCUCCUCCCCUCACAUGUCUCCUCCCCUCACAUGUCUCCUCCCCCUCACAUGUCUCCUCCCCCUCUCACAUGUCCCUCCUACAUCCCCCCUCACAUGUCUCCUCCCUCUCACAUGUCUCCUCCCCUCUCACAUGUCUCCUCCCUCCCUCUCUCUCACAUGUCUCCUCCCUCUCUCACAUGUCUCCUCCCUCUCUCACAUGUCUCCUCCCUCUCUCUCACAUGUCUCCUCCCUCUCUCACAUGUCUCCUCCCUCUCUCACAUGUCUCCUCCCUCUCUCACAUGUCUCCUCCUCUCUCACAUGUCUCCUCCCCUCUCACAUGUCUCCUCCCUCUCACAUGUCUCCUCCCUCUCACAUGUCUCCUCCCUCCCUCUCACAUGUCUCCUCCCUCUCACAUGUCUCCUCCCUCUCUCACAUGUCCUCCCCCCUCUCUCACAUGUCUCCUCCUCUCUCCAUGUCACAUGUCUCCUCUCUCACAUGUCUCCUCCCUCACAUGUCUUCUCCCUCUCACAUGUCUCCUCCCUCUCACAUGUCUCCUCCCUCUCACAUGUCUCCUCCCUCUCUCACAUGUCUCCUCCCUCUCUCACAUGUCUCCUCCCUCUCUCACAUGUCUCCUCCCUCUCUCACAUGUCUCCCUCUCUCACAUGUCUCCUCCCUCCCUCUCACAUGUCUCCCCCCUCUCUCACAUGUCUCCUCCCUCUCUCACAUGUCUCCUCCCUCUCACAUGUCUCCUCCCUCUCUCACAUGUCUCCUCCCUCUCUCACAUGUCUCCUCCCUCUCUCACAUGUCUCCUCCCUCUCACGUCUCCCCCUCUCACAUGUCUCCUCCCUCUCUCUCACAUGUCUCCUCCCUCUCUCACAUGUCUCCUCCCUCUCACAUGUCUCCUCCCUCUCUCACAUGUCUCCUCCCUCUCUCACAUGUCUCCUCCCUCUCUCACAUGUCUCCUCCCUCUCACGUCUCCCCCUCUCACAUGUCUCCUCCCUCUCUCUCACAUGUCUCCUCCCUCUCUCACAUGUCUCCUCCCUCUCUCACAUGUCUCCUCCCUCUCUCACAUGUCUCCUCCCUCUCUCACAUGUCUCCUCCCUCUCUCACAUGUCUCCUCCCCCUCACAUGUCUCCUCCCCCUCACAUGUCUCCUCCCCCUCACAUGUCUCCUCCCUCUCACAUGUCUCCUCCCUUUCUCACAUGUCUCCUCCCUCUCUCACAUGUCUCCUCCCCCUCACAUGUCUCCUCCCCCUCACAUGUCUCCUCCCUUCCUCUCACAUAUGUCUCCUCCUCCUUCUCCUCAGGGCGUGGUGAAGUCCCAGCAGGUGGACUUUGAUCUCCUCCCUGAUGAGGAGCGACAGUGUUCGCGAUGCCUCAGCACCUGUUUUCUGUCUGGGAUCAGCUGCGACUGUUGCCCCAAGAAGAUGGUGUGUCUGUACCACCUGCACACGCUCUGCCAGUGUCCCACAGACUCUCUCACUCUCAAUUAUAAGUUUCCGCUGCAGGAGCUGCAUCGGCUGAAGGAGGGAGUGAAGCAUCGCUCCGAGUCCUACAAGAACUGGUUCAGGGACACGUCCGAGGUCGUGGAGAAGAAAGAGGCCGACAAAAGAACUCUGGAGGAGCUGCACAGUUUGGUGGAACUUGGCAACACCGGAGGUUUCCCCGAUAAAAGUCUCCAGGAGCAGCUGAGGUCCAUCACCGCCGAGGCCGACCGAGCGGCUGCGACGGCACAGCAGCUGCUCAACGGCAAGAGGCAAACCAGGUUCCGUUCUUGUGGUAAAUCCCAGAGUCAGAACGAUCCGACGGUGGAGGAGCUGAGGUCGUUCGUUCGGUCUGCGUCAUCAGGGUCUGCGUCAUGA